AUGGAUCAGCAUAGUGGUGAUGGGUUCAACAAUCUGUUCGCGGAUAGUAACCAGCAAUAUCAAGCAUAUCAUGACAAUUCCUUUCUAAAUGGCAAUGAUCCCAAUUUUCCCGAAGCCACCUGGGCCUUAAACGCCAGCGGUUAUAAUCCGAAUCCGGCCCUGUCACGUGUUACGCAGCCUGGUUUGCCGAAUUGGCAGAACGCGAGCCAUCUGUCUGCCCCCUUGGCAACAGGCAACAUCAAUGGUCAACCCGCGCCAUACGCUCGGUCACUGUCCCACAGUCCGGCACCUUUCGGCCAAAACAACUACACCGGAUACAACGUCCACCAGAAUCUGCAACAAUAUCAACAGCAGCCACAGUACGAUCCAGCCCUCUUUGGCAAUCCAGCGCAGGACUUCAAUACCAACUUCAACGGCUAUGGCAAUCACAAUCAGAGCUUGGGUACCAUUGCCCCGCAAGCUUUGCAGCAGGAGAUCCGAUCGCCCACCGUGAACGUCAAUGCAUACACCGGCAUCAAUUACGCUCAGAACGCUUUCAACCAGUCACGCUUUGCCAGUAUGCCUGCUGUGAAGAGCAUCGACCAGAUUGCGCUCAUGCAAGCCAUUCCGAAGGGUACCGACAACGGAUAUCUUUCCACCAUCGACUUCGACGAGAUCGUUCGCGCCACCAGCACUGAGCGCAUGGGCAAGUUCCUUACCAUCGGAAAGGAAGCACAGGAAUGGCCUGUCAACCGCACAACUACUCUGCCUCAUUAUGUUCCUCGCAAAUCCAAGAAUGAGCUCCGAAGGCUUGCCGGCAAUGAUCAAGUACUGCUUGACAAGAUCGGGAAAAAGUCGCUGAAGCACAAAGCGCUUACUACUGCCCCUGUAGCCUCUUCAGCGGUUGCUGUUGCCAAGGGAACGAACGCUUCGGAUGAGAGGAUUAAGUACGAAGGCGAAACGUCUAGUAGCGAAGAAAGUGACGAUGACGACUCCUUGUACUCGUCAGAGGAGGAGUCAGCGGAGUCACCAUUACCCCAGAAGCGUCCUGAUACCCCAAAGGACGCUGUCGAAUACGACACGAUCAAGGCGCUCUGGAGUUCGAAGCGCAAGCCACUGGCCGCUUCUGAUAUCAGGACCGCGCUGGUUACUUUCUGGGAGAUUGUGAAAACCAUCCGCGACCGCUGGAAGAUUGACCAGGCUGCCGUUACCCAAGCCGAGGAGAAGAACCGAGUAGGCGAGUUGCCACUGCUUAGAAGUAGGGUCAAGGAUCAGCGUGAUAUGAUCGAGGUGGCGUGCAAGGCUGCACUGAAGCAUGGGCAUCGGAGUAUUGUUGACAACCUGGGUCAGAACCAGUCACUCGUCUUCGUGUGCUAUCAAUUCUUGCUUGACAGGUUUAAGGAGGAUGACCUCAAUGGCUCGCUGUCUCGCGCUAUCCUCGAACUGAUGACGCGCUUCACGACGUUAAGUGACGCCGUACUUGAAAAGACCCACCUCGUCAAAGUCUUGCCCAAAUAUGCUAGGAAGGGCGACGCCAAAACUCAACAUUAUGCCAAGCGUAUCAUGGCGGCUGCCGCUGCUGUUGCCGCGAACGAUGCAGCCGAACCGACUACAGCGACCCAGCAUGGCGCUGGAAAGCCUGUCACUGUGGCAUCGCCGCUAGGCAAGCGUGUGGACCAAGGUGCAGUAGCUGGUGUAAAGCGUGCUGCCAGCAGCGUAGCAGAGGGCGUCACGGUGAAGAGGGUGGCAACCGUGGCUACGAAGGCCACUGCGUCGCCGACUGCUUCGAACUCAAAUGGCGUGGUCAAGAAAACUUUCUCUGGCGCGGAAUCAGCAAAGACCACCGCAGCCGCAGCCCCUGCGACGAAGACAAAGCAGGUUACUGCCAAGCCGUCAGCGUUCUUCUCGAGUUUGCAGUCUGCAGCGAAGAAGCCUGGUACGUCGAUCAAAAGCGGCGCUUCAGCUCAAGCGAGUGGCGCGAAGGCUGCCGAAAGGAAAAUGGUCUUGCCGACUACGACUGCGGCCACGUCUGCUGCACCGAAGUCCACCUUCAGUUUCGCCGAAACUAUAGCGAACCUCGGCAAGCCGAAGGAGGAAAAGGUUGCAACGAAGAAGCCAGAGAAGGAGGCUCCGCCGGAGACGCCGGAGCAGCUGGCGAAGCGUUUGAGGAAGGAGACGCGGCGUAAAUUGAACGUAAGGUUCAAAUUGGGCGAAGAACUGGUGGAGAUCCGUUACUUCACGCACGAUCCUGAUGAGGAAACCGGUCACGACGACAGCCAAAUGCGCGAUGUGUCCGAUGUAGGAGGGGAAGGUCGUAUGCUCAAGAUGCAUCAAGAUAUGAUGGAUGUGGACGAUGAAGGCGAUGAGGCAGAUGACGGACCAGAACCUACUCUUAUUGCGUGGAAGGCGCCAACACCGGUCGACUUCACCGUUAUCGACGAUGAGGAGCGUAGCAAGAACUUCUCUCGCUUCGGUGGUAGCCUCCAAACAGAAUCCGAGGAGCGCAAGGCAAGGGAGCAGUACGAAGCGAACACUCUAAUUGUGUUCUACCCGGACAGGAACGACAUCCCUCCCACUCCGAAAGAGCCGGCGAAUCCACUUAAUGGCGAGCCUGCAACGGAGAAGAAAGUGUUUGGUGCACCUAACCGCACCUUUGCCGCUCGUGCUACGCAACGCAAAGCCAUGCGGCCGCAGCCAUACCCGGCACAGCAACACAUGCCUGCCAACCAGCAGUCCUUUAAUAUGUCGGCGCUCAACCAGUUCGGCAACAACCAGCACCGGCCGACUAGUGCAAGUAUGCUGGCGUCCCAAUCGACCACGCCUCCACCAAACAUUGACAUCCAGCAACUACUUGCCAGUCUCCAACAAGCCCUCCCGCAGAACCAGGCCGUGCAGCAACCGCAAGCGCAACCGCUGCCCAACUGGGCCCCGCCUCCGGCCAUGGCACCUCAACCGAACGGACAGCACAUUGACCUCUCUGCCAUCAUGGCUGCUAUCGGCGGCCACCCUCAAAUGCAAGCUCCGCAGAUGGGAGGACGUGACGACAACAACCCCGACGAUCCGAUGUCUAAGCGCCAUCGAGAUCAAGGCGACAAGAGCCGCUUCUACAAGACGAAGGUGUGCAAGUACUGGGAGGAUGGGAGGUGCAUGAAGGGUGACAGCUGCACGUAUUUGCAUGAGCGCCCGCCUCCGUAG